CCCGAACUUUCACCAGAAGCCCAUCAACCGGAAGUUUGUACAUCUUCGCUGUCCAUUACGCAACACCGCCCAACUACCUGUCUAGAUACUAGAUACUUCCCUACAGAAUGGCGGGAUCGGCACAUCCGGAAGAGAUUGAUAUCGCCUUCUCAGGGAAUCCUGAGCUGCGCAAACGAGUCCAUGCUGCUAUCGAUCAAAACCCCAAGCACAGUACCCUCUUUCGCGACAUAUCAACCUACAUUCUAAAUCGAACUUCUCAAAGUGUACCCGAGCCUGCAUCAAAGAAGCGCAAAUUGGACAACAGCAACGGUAACAAUGGCGUACAAAACGGCACAGCAAAAGGGGCAGACACGGCAAAUCUCCUCAGUGCAUCCACCACAGCAUGGAAGACAUAUACGGGCGUGAGCUUCUCGAUACCACAACGCAAGAAAUUGACUUUGGAGUUGGUGUCUGGCAAAGGAGGGGGCGUAAGGGGUAUUGGCGCUGAUGGGAAGGUGGAGUUUGGGAUUGCUUGGAAGGAUGUUGAUCAGAUAUUCUGUCUUCCCGUGCCGGAGAAGGCAAAGCGACAACACAAUUUCAUCGUACUGCCUGUUUACGGCGACGGUGUGAACCCUCUUCCAGAAGAUCGGAAGGAUGCACCACCACCUGACCCAAUCCUCUGGACUUUCGAGGAAGCAUCGGGGAAGAAUAUAAUCGAGGGAGAGGAUCCUGGUCCACGUCCAAUCGCAUCUGCCAUAAAUGAGAGUGUCAAGUCAGCUGGCAUCAGAAAGCAAGUUGUUUUCCCAGACCCAGAGGAGUUUGUGAGUGCGAUCGUUCAAAGCCAUCGCAAAGGUGAAAAGGGAUAUCAUGUGAAAGCACAUAGGGGUAGCAAAGAAGGCUAUCUAUUCUUCACCUCUAUAGGCAUUCUAUACGGCUUCAAAAAACCGCUGUUGUUCUUCGACUUCGCCGCGAUUACCUCGAUAUCGUAUACGAACGUCCUCCGCAAUACCUUCAAUCUUGUCGUCCAAUCUGUCGACCAAGAAUUUGAAUUCAGCAUGAUUGAUCAGGAAGACUAUCCGGGUAUCACCGAAUAUGUGCAAAAGCACGGGUUGCAGGAUGCUAGCAUGGCCGCGGCCAGAAGAGCCCAGAAACUCAACAUCAACCCCCCGGCGGACAAUGAGAAUGGAGUUGCUGGUGGGGCCGACGAGGAAUCGGAAUUGACCAAGGCCGAGAGGUUGUUACAAGACGAGGAAGAUGAAGAUGAGGAGGAUUACGAGCCACCCGCAAGCGAUGCAGAGAGUGAAGGGAGCGGAAGUGACGACAGUGAUGACGAGGACGAGGAAGACGGAGAGGACUAUGAUGAGGGCGAGGAGUAUGAGGAAGGAUAUGAAGAGGGUGAAGGAGAGGGAGAAGAAAUGGAGGGCCACAAUGAGCGGUACUGAUUGCUCGGCCUUUUCCGCCCCGACUCGACUUGGGCCCUGGUGGUUUACAUACAUUUCUUGAAGAUACCUUUUCCAUUUGGAUCACAUCUCACAUUCCAUUUUCCUUCACAGUUCCAUCGGGAUUAUUAUGAAACCGCUUAAGUCAUAUUUUGUGCCAAUCAUGCCAAGUGCGGUAGAUUGGAGAUCUACAAGCGGCUGAAUGCGUCGCCUGUACUGAGCCAUUGCUCGCAAUUUACCUGGCCCUCCUACCCCAGAUUCUUUUGAGUGCCCUGGACGCCUCAUUUGGCC